GGAAGGAAGAAAUAGGUUUCCAUGGAGCUGUGGAUGGUGUUCAUCUCAGGAUUCUGCAAGUUGGUGGACAGCAGCUUCUGGAAUAAGCUUCUCAAAUCUCCAUCCACCAAUGGAGACUGUGAUAGAUGCUCUCUGCAGCUGGGAUGAAAAGAAAGCAGAGGCAGCAGGCUUGGUCCAGCAGAGUCCUGAGGAAGAUUUCUGAGGCAUGGAGCUUCCACCAGGUUUGAAAGAAACUAAAGUGAGUGUGACAAUGCCAUGACACAACUGAGGUCCACGGGCACCUGCCAACUAUCUCCUCUCUUGCAGAGUUUUCAGAUUGCUGAGUAAUAUGCUGCCUUUGCAAGAGGACAAGAAGCUAGUGCCCAAAAGACGUGUUCUUCAGCAUUUGGACUAGACGUGUUCUCAAGACAAUGGCUUCGAAGGUCUCCUGUCUAUAUGUUUUGACCGUUGUGUGCUGGGCCAGCGCUCUCUGGUACUUGAGCAUAACACGACCUACUUCUUCCUAUACUGGCUCAAAGCCAUUCAGUCACCUAACAGUUGCCAGGAAAAACUUCACCUUUGGCAACAUAAGAACUCGACCUAUAAACCCACAUUCUUUUGAAUUUCUUAUAAACGAGCCCAACAAAUGUGAGAAAAACAUCCCUUUCCUUGUGAUCCUCAUCAGCACCACACACAAGGAGUUUGAUGCACGCCAGGCAAUCCGGGAGACAUGGGGGGAUGAGAACAACUUCAAAGGGAUCAAGAUAGCCACACUUUUCCUCCUGGGCAAAAAUGCUGAUCCUGUUCUGAACCAGAUGGUGGAGCAAGAGAGCCAGAUCUUCCAUGACAUCAUAGUGGAGGACUUCAUUGACUCCUAUCACAACCUGACCCUCAAAACCUUAAUGGGGAUGAGAUGGGUUGCCACUUUCUGUUCAAAAGCCAAGUAUGUCAUGAAAACAGACAGUGACAUUUUUGUGAACAUGGACAACCUUAUUUAUAAACUCCUGAAACCUUCUACCAAGCCAAGAAGGAGGUAUUUUACUGGUUAUGUCAUCAAUGGCGGACCGAUCCGGGAUGUCCGCAGUAAGUGGUAUAUGCCUAGGGAUUUGUACCCUGACAGCAACUACCCACCAUUCUGUUCAGGAACUGGCUAUAUCUUUUCUGCUGAUGUGGCAGAACUCAUUUACAAGACCUCACUCCAUACCAGGCUGCUUCAUCUUGAAGAUGUAUAUGUGGGACUGUGUCUUCGAAAGCUCGGCAUACAUCCUUUCCAGAAUAGUGGCUUCAAUCACUGGAAGAUGGCCUACAGUUUGUGUAGGUACCGUCGGGUCAUCACGGUCCAUCAGAUCUCUCCAGAAGAAAUGCACAGAAUCUGGAAUGAUAUGUCAAGCAAGAAGCAUCUCAGAUGUUAGGGUUUUUAUCGCUGUAAAUAAGUUUCUUUUCUAAGAAAUGGGGACUAAGGUGUUGGUAUUUAACAGGUGUCACCAAGGAAAAAUGACCUGGUAAGGGGUUUUGUAAAGUUGUUGCUUCCUAUUCCCAGUUCCUUUCUUGGAUCGCUAAUUUACAAUUCUUGGGCUCAGUCAUAGAAACAGCGAGUGAGUUAGAAGGGCCAGAACACAUUCUCAGGUCCUGAGACAUUGUUUCAAGAAGUGACUCUCAAUAACUGCUAGGAUUUAUGGACUGUGCAUCUGAGAUAAAAAUCUGGGUCAGGAAAUGGAAACUCACACUAAGGUCUUCAUAUCAUCUCUGCAAAAAUAAAUAGUAACUCUUAGGAAAAAAAAAACAAGUCAGAAAAGAUACAUAGUCAGGAAAACACACUGGAUGUGAUUUUUUUUUAAUGCUGUGCGUUAUUGUCACAUUAGAUUUUUACAUAUAUUGCCAUGAAAUGUGUACAGAAUUUGUGAUUCUACCAAUAAUUGAUUUUAUUCCCGGUAGGGAGACUGUGAUGAAAUAGAUAAAAAUUGAAACUUGAGAAUCAGGUAUUCUGUAUGUAUAGAAAGCACCUAGACUUAUACUUCCAAGGAUUAAAUCUGGUCAGCAGGUGGGAUGUACAUAAAAUGCUACUUUAUGGAAACAAAUGAACAAUUUUUUUCUUUUUCAGUACAAAUAUUACAUGGUGCCACCAAGGAGACUGCCCAAUGUAGUACUGUCGCCUGCUCCCUUCCAUGUAAUGCCUUUAAGUGCAUUUUACAGGUUUUGGACCAGGCAGGUGUGUGUCUCCAUGUGUAGAAAACAAGUUGGUAGGAGGCCCAGAAACAACACAUAGCAGUUGGUAAAAUGCAACUUCAUGUCUCCAUUCUAACUAGCAUACGCUUAGCAACAGUGUACAAUGCCCCCCCCCCCCGUGCUUAUUUGCAAAGCACGUGAGGAAACCUUUAACAAUUACCAGUGUUACUGAAAGAUGUGGCCCUGCUACCAACAAAUAUGUAAUACGCUCAUGACAUCUAAAACAUUUAUGUACUUUUAGAAGCCAAGCUGUUUUUGAGAUGUUCUGGAGGUUCUGUGGCUGAGAUCCAAGGGAAGGAAGAAUGAGGAAGCCUGAGUUCAGAUCCCGUUGAUGCCACAAAUUUACAUGGACCAUAUGAACAGGCA